AUGCAUAUUUAUGCUGGUUUACUCAAGAACGGGGUUGAGGGCUUCGACCGGAAUCCGGCACGAGCAUUGGAGUUACUUGAAAGAGCGAUUGAAUUGGGUGAACCAGACGCAUUUGGGAAACUCGCUUGUUUGCUCGUGCUAGGGGAUGAAGGUGUACAACGAGACUCUGAACGAGCAGUGGAAUUGUUUCAACGAGCUACUGAUGCCGGCGAUGCAUGUGCUGCAGACAAUUUUGCUGAAAUCAUGCAAUUUGGGACAGAAGACAUAAACCCGAAUCUUCCAAAAGCGAUUGAGUUAUACGAGAUAGCUAUUGAGGGAGGGUGCACCAAAGCGUGUAGUAAAUUAAGCUCUCUCCUCGAGAAUGGCGGCGAAGGGGUCGAAAGAGACGUUUUGCGAGCGGUUGAGUUGCUAGAGCAUGGAAUCGAAAUGGGGCAUACAAAUGCUAUGAAUAAUCUCGCUUUUUUGCUGGCAGAUGGCGCCGAUGGGGUGGAGCGAGAUAUCACACGAGCAGUUCAUUUGUAUGAAGAAGCUAUAAAUGCCGGAAGCGUUGUUUCCAUGCACAAUCUCGCUUGCCUGUUGGAAGGUGGGGCCGAAGAAUUGGACCAAGACGCAGCACGAGCAGCGGUGUUGUAUGAUACUGCGAUUAAUGGUGGGUUCCCCAAUUCGUUGAGUCGCCUCGCUGACUUGCUAUGGUAUGGUGCCGAAGGUUUAGAGCAAGAUGCUGUGCGGGCUGCCGCAUUAUACGAGCGCGCUAUCGAUGAAGGAGAAUUGGAUGUGAUACCCAGCCUCGCUCGUGUAUUGCGGGAUGGCGGUGAUGGAGUGGAACCAGAUUUUGCGCGGGCAGCUGCGCUGUACGAGCGUGCUAUCGAUGGAGGAAACUUGGAUGCCAUCACCAGUCUUGCCGAUCUCUUGAAUGACGGAGGAUACGGUUUACCGCGAGAUGCGCCCCGAGCAGUUGAGUUGUAUCAGCGCGCUAUCAAUGAAGGUGUCGAAGAAGGUCCCGCUUUUGUGCCCAGCGAUGAGGAAUUGGAUGUGGUGCAUGAUGUAGUGCGAAGGGGGGGAUUGCCGCCUGGUACAAUAGUGGGAAGAAAGGUUAUUGCAUCUUUUAAUCUCGCUGAUAUUCUUUAUCAUGGGGCUGAAGGUGUAGAAAAGGACAUUCCUCGAGCGAUGGAAGUGUUAGAGCGGGCUAUCGGCACAGGAGGCGCAGAGGCGUUGAUCAUUCUUGUUCACGUGUUUCUGUAUGGCACUGGUGAAAUUGAGCCAAACGUGUCAAUAGCUUUGGAAAUGACUGAACGGGUGCAACUGUUCGCGAAGUACGAUGCCAUGAUGGUCAUCGCCUCUGCUUUAAUGUACGGCUUUGCGCGCGUGGACAAAAAUGCCAGGAAAGGUUCAGACCUGCUUCGGAGAGUUAUUGACGAAACCGGUAGCAGUUAUGCGAUCGUGGAGCUCGCCGAUCUAAUCAGUAGGGGUGAUGAAGGGGUAGAGAAGGAUACGGUAGAGGCGUUGCGGCUGUACAACGAGGCCAAAGAAGUUGAACAUCCAAACGCUGAUACCAUACUGGACAGCUUUCUGCUUGCCGAGGGACGCGGUUUAUCAGAAUGCAUAUGGCGGGUGGAACAACCCUGUGCGCUAGCGCUGAUGAAGGACGCAACUUAAGCGUUGAGGUUUGUAGAUCUGGCUAUUAUCAUUAUUAACGAUCCUGUUCGGGUAAGCACAAUCAGGAAAUGCUGAGUAGUCCAGGCCGUCUUCUCACAAACGGGCUACAUGCUAGAAAGAGGACGUCCGAUUUGUAUCCUACUUCUGACGAUGAACAUAUUUUGUCGCUGGAAAGAGCGUGAUACACGCGUUCAAGUAUUGUUGGGGGUGUGGGGGGAAAUGAUGCUUGAAUGAUGCGGACACUUUCGCCGCGGUUUUGGCGGUCUGGUGGUGCCACAGAAGAAACAACGCUGACCCACCACUCAUGGCAAGUUUGCGACAUGAGUGGUUUUACAUUAGCUGUGUAGGCGCCGAGAAAGACAAACAAAUCAGAAAUUGA